AUGGCUUGGCGUUGUUCAGGUCGUACAAACGCGGACCUCAUCGCAAACAUGCGCACAGCACGAAUUAUCACAACAGAUAGAGUCGGCGAGGCCAUGACGAAAGUCGACCGAGCUAAUUAUGUCAUACGUAAAUCAGAGGCAUAUGAGGACUCGCCUCAAUCUAUCGGGCAUGGCGCGACUAUAUCUGCACCACACAUGCACGCUCAUGCAAUCGAGCACCUUCUCGACUACCUUGGUCCGGGCAAGCGCGUCCUGGAUGUAGGUAGCGGGUCCGGUUACCUUUCUGCCGUACUCCACCACCUUGUCCCAGGCGGCAUUGUCGUUGCCAUCGAUCACAUCCCUGAACUGGUUGAUUGGUCAAAGAGUAAUCUUAGACAAGAUGGACUGGGCUUCGCUCUCGACAGGGGCGACAUCGUCGCGGUCACUGGUGAUGGUCGUCAAGGUUAUGGCAGCCUUGCCAAAUACGAUGCAAUUCAUGUCGGUGCUGCUGCGCCCACGAUCCCACAGCAGCUGGUAGAUCAGCUCAAGAGCCCUGGGCGGAUGUUCAUACCAGUUGGAACAUUUACUCAACAAAUUAUACAAGUCGACAAGGACGAGAAUGGUAAAGUCACAAAGAAGAAUUUGAUGGGGGUCAUGUAUGUCCCCCUUACGGAUGCAGAGGGGCAGAAGAGAGGCUACUGA